GUCUUCUCGUUUCUCUGCCUCCGCUGGCCCUCGUUUCAGAAAGCCGAGAGCCGAUAGACGAUCGCUUUCCCCAUGUCUGUCUCCGCGAAUGUGAUUGCGUUCCGGCAUCUAUAUAUGCUGGUUCACCCUCCAUGAUCCCAAUCGGCCACUCCCAAAGUUGGUUUGGAAUAACCAAACCACUACAUCUCUCUUGACAUCUAUCGCCCAUUAUGGCUCCUAGACGUCCCAAUUUCCUCAUCGCCGUGGCAGAUGACCUCGGUUUCUCCGACAUAGGAUGCUUUGGUGGUGAAAUACGCACUCCGCAUCUAAAUCGGAUAGCAGAGCAGGGUGUUCGAUUUACCGACUUCCAUGCCGCUGCAGCCUGCUCUCCCACUCGGGCCAUGAUCAUGACCGGCACCGACCAUCACAUCGCGGGACUGGGCAACCUGGUCGAAUGGACCAACAUUUCGGGCCAGAACGGGCCCAAGGGUUCGCAGAUGAGCACGGCUCCGCAGCGAGGCAUGCCUGGUUACGAGGGGUACCUGAACGAGCGCGUCGUUGCCCUGCCCGAGGUUCUUCGCGACGCCGGCUACCACACCCUGAUGUCUGGAAAAUGGCAUCUGGGCCUCACUCCGGAGCGCUCGCCCUUCCAUCGCGGCUUUGACCGGUCCUUGGCCCAUCUGCCUGCCUGUUCCAACCACUACGCCUACGAGCCCCAGCUGCAGGGCAAAGACGAGACGCCCACCUUCCUCGAAGCCAGCACCAUCGCCCUGCACAUGGAAGACGACAAGUACGUGAAGAAGCUGCCCGACGGCUGGUACUCGUCCGACGGCUACGGCGACAAGAUGGUCGACUACCUCCGUGACUGGCAUAACCGGGAGGACGAGCGACCUUUCUUCGCCUACCUCCCCUUCACAGCCCCCCACUGGCCCCUCCAGGCCCCUCGCGAGUACAUCGACCACUACCGCGGCGUAUACGACGACGGGCCCGACGCCCUCCGCCUCAAGCGUCUCCAGCGCCUGAAGGAACUCGGCAUGGUGCGUCCCGACGUCGAGGCCCACCCCGUCGACGCCGAUGAAGUCAAGCCGUGGGACGAGUUCACGCCCGAAGAGAAGAAACUCUCCAGUACCGCGAUGGAAGUCUUCGCCGGCAUGGUCGAGUGCAUCGACGCCAACGUCGGCAAAGUCGUCGACUACCUCUCCUCCAUCGGCGAGCUCGACAACACUUUCGUCUGCUUCCUCUCCGACAACGGCGCCGAGGGUGCCGCCUACGAAGCCUAUCCCAUGGUCCAGAGCGGCGUCAUGCCCCACCUCCAACAAUACUACAACAACUCGCUCGACAAUCUCGGCAACGGCGACUCCUUCAUCUGGUACGGGCCACGCUGGGCCCAGGCCGCCACCGCCCCCUCGCGCCUCUACAAGGCUUUCACCACCGAAGGCGGCGUCCGAGUGCCCUUCCUCGCUCGCUUCCCUGCCUCCGUCCCCGUUGCCGACCACGCCCGCAACGGCACCAUCACGGACCAGUUCGCAACCGUCAUGGACCUCGCCCCGUCCAUCCUCCAAAUGGCCGGCGCCACGCACCCGGCACCCCGCUACCAAGGCCGCGAGGUCGUCCCCAUGCGCGGUGCCAGCUUCUACGACUGGGCGCGCGGCCAGGCCUCUCGCAUUCACGACAAGGAUUUCAUCCAGGGCUGGGAGACCUGUGGUCGUGCGGCCCUGCGCUUCGGCGACUGGAAGAUCGUCUACAUCCCGAAGCCGAAGGGCCCUGAGCGCUGGCAGCUCUAUAACCUGGUCGACGACCCCGGGGAGAUCCAUGAUCUGGCGGAGUCGCAGCCGGACCGCCUGCAGCAGUUGCUGAAGCUCUGGGAUCAGUACGUCAUCGAGACAGGUGUGAUCCCGUUGAAUCCGGACCUGGGCGAGUUCUUGGAGGCCACAGAGGCGCAGAUGCCGGAGAAUGCAUGGAUGGAGUAUGACUAUUGGAAGAAGGGGGCGAGAGAUGAGCCGGAGAAGUUUAUGCGGAAGCCGCCGCGGAUGCAGAGGGUGGUUAAGCCGUUCUAGGCUCUGCGUCUUUUCUACCAUGUGAAUGGUAGGGAAAUGCUAUUCUAUGCUAUGUGUAUGUUUAUGGUUAUGAUUGAUGAGAUGUGUGUUUAUUUACAUGUGAACGUUUACGCUAUAUCUACAAGAAUGGAUUAUAUC